CUCCUACUGGGCAGCAUUUGGCCUCCCGGACCCAAGCCAGGCACACUUGAGGCACUCCCUAAGGCUUGUUCCUCAACCCGGGGACUGCACAUUGACUGGCAUGUCUUCGGCUCCGUGCUCCGUUCUCCAUCCGCUCUGCCUCGACCCCCGUGGCAUGGCAGUGAUUGUUGUCUUGUCUCUCCUUUGUGUGAUGCUUGUUUUCGGUCCUCCUCUACCAGCUCGGAUUCCGCACUGACUCUACACUCGAGCCAUUGCAGCUUUUGUGUUUCUUUCUUUGUCACUCUUUUACGGUUGAAUCCAGUCACUCUUUUGAAACCUCACUCCAGUCGUUCGUUAACACCAGCAGCACGUUCUGUUGUGGACCGGUUCCACGUCCUUCAUUCCUCCAAGCAGUCUGGACCGAACGCUCACGUCCCGUUGACCAUUGACCACCGAUCCAACGAACCUCUGCAGUAAUACACGAGCGAAUCCAGGACAUCGAUUACCAUGGCCACAUCUUGACGAGCUCGGUGCAUAUAUCAUAAUUCGUACCCUCCGCAUACAUCUUGGGGCAUCGUCGCCAAUUAACAUAAUGUCCUCAAUCGUUCUACCGGAGGAUGAGCCGCAGUUCCAGCCGCGGAACCCCUUUGCUCGACCAGGGCCUAUACCCGACAUCAGGCUUCAAGCCUUGUAUGAGGAACGAGCUCCGUCUCUGGUUGCACGAGACGAUUCGUCAUCCACAUCAGACAGCACAUCAGCCACUGUGUCUUGUGGGAAACAUGACAACUCGGGCGCCUGCGAGAAGUAUUAUAAUGCGGAUGGGUCGAACAACACCUUGCCUAUCGUGCUAGGGGUUGUUAUCCCGUUGGGAAUUGCGUUUGUUGUUUUGAUAUUCCUACACCGUCGCCAUGUAAGGAAACUGAGAAGAGAGGAUGCCGAAGAUAAAGAUAAAGCCCUCGAUUUUGGGCUGGACGGAGCACAGCAAGGGAUGGGCAAAAAGAAGCGCCGCAAGGGACCGGAAAUGUCAAUGGCUGCUGUGAACAAGGAGAUUGGGCGUCAAGAACGAGGACUGUCUGUCGACUACAGUAUGCAUAACCCGUACCUGUUACCUCCGGAAGUCCACCGGUCUCGGGAGUCGUUACAUUCGUUGUCUCGUUCCCUCAACACUGGCGAUGACAAAUACCGUGCGACUACCUUCAUUCCUGACGAUGGAUCGAUACGUCCGCCAUCCAGCCUGAGGAGCCCCGUUGACGACUCGUCCAGUUAUGCUGGAUCGUCUACCCAUCGAUUCCCUCUCGACUCGAGGCAGAAUCUCUUAAGCAAUGCACAGGACAAUUCAGUGGCAUCAGUGGCACCGCCUUCGCGGGCGAUGUCGAGGAACUCCGUAUACAAUGCUCCCAACGAUUCUUUGUCAAAUGGUACUAGAAAUAUGCCGCAGUCUGGCAACAACAAUCUUCUCGCACCCGCCGCAACCGAUCCCAGCCGUGACUCAUAUGUCAGCACCGCCAGCAGCAAUGGCGCGAUGAAGGCUUUGAGAGCAAGCAACAACUAUCUGGCACAGUACAUCAGUGGAGGCAAACGUCCUGAACCGAUCGAGAAGGAGUCUACUGCCGCGGCGACCGAGAUCACAGUUGACCCGCCCACGGAAGAGAUACGUGCUCCACCGCCAGCCAUUCUCAAGGAUCCCCCAACCGCAUCUGCUCCCGCUCCUUCCGUUGAGGAGAACUCAGCGCCGACUAUAACUUUGGACCCUCCGGAUACGCGCCAGCCGAGACUACAGCAACUCAACGUGAUUGACUCCGAGGGCAACAAGCAGGCCUCGGUUGGCUCCAGUGAAGCCUUCGAGAACUUCUCCGGCAGUUAUAACAAUACACCUCAACCGUCCGAUACUGCUCCGACCGAGAUAGACCACUCCCACCAAACACAAUCAACCGAUGCUCAGCCGAAACAGGCCAGCGAGCGGGAUUCGGUGGACUACUACGACGAAUACGAAGUUUAUGGAGAUUACCCUGAGCCUGGUUAUGAAGAUUAUCAAGAUUACGCUGACUAUGAUCCCCGCCGACUGACCAUGGGCGUGCGACCUCUCCCGCCCGACGACCCAAGUGAAAACCCGGAGCAACGAGCCAAUCGCAUCAGAUCGUUCUACAAAGAGUAUUUUGAUGAGACUAAGCCGCAGGGCGCUGGUCAAAACGUACAAUAUUAUGACGGCGCCGAGGACUACUACAAUACCCCGGGCUCUGGUGCCUAUUACGAACAGGGCCAGUACUAUCCACCACACCCUCGACCACCAUACGCUCCGUCUGGAAGACAUCGCGCGACCGUCUCGAAUGGAAGUUACAUGUCGGGCCCUCGGGCAUACUCGUCGGCAUCCAGUAAAUAUGGACCACGCCCUCCUCACAUAACACCGAAGAAGAAGUUACCACCACCGAAGCCGCUGAACAUUCUGCCCACGCCUCAUCUCCUUAAAGAAGACACAUUCUUGCCCAUCGAUUUUGCUCCUCCACAGAAAUUCCAGAAGCAAAGAGCCGGGACGCCUGACAGCCUCCGAGGUGGCGUCCGACCGUUCUCUCCUGGUAUAAUUGCUCAUGUUCCGCUGGCGUCAUCGUUCGAUGACAUGGCGGUGAUUCCCAGCCCGCACGCGCUCAGAAAAUCCGGCACUUUCACCAGUCUUGAUUUCGCCCCACCGCAGCGUCCUCGAGGACCAGAUAGCAUGAGCGAAACAGGCAGCAUCCGAAGCAAUCGGUCGGCGAUGUCGGCAAUGCACAUUCACAGCAUUCGAACUGGAGCUUAUCGAGUCAGCCGGAUACCGAAGGAGGUCGCGGGCACCAGGGAUGAGCUGCAAGCGGCGCUGAAGCCGCAGUGGAAUCUUAAUCGGUGAUGUUCUGGCAAGGAGCGUGCUGGUAGGAGGUUGUUGGUCAUAUUAGAGGGAUGGCGACCUGGGCGACCUGACCAUGGGACAUGACACCUUUUCCGGCGCAUUUGAGCAUAGCGGCAGGAGUUUGACGGAGGCACCUUUUUCAGGGGCAUGUCUCCCUCACCACUGCAUUUGUUUGUUUUUCCCGUGGUCUACUAGCGAAAUACAAAAGAUGACCACAUGUAUACUGGGGCAAUAGUGGAAGCAUAUGGACAUGAAGACGCCAUCAAUGUGCUACAGUACUAGAGUCGAAGGUCUUGUUACAUAAUACAUUGUUGAAGAACGAUCAA